AUUUAAAUAAAAUAGAGAAAACCACACCAAGCAUGUGGAGUUCAUCUCAAUGAGAUAUUUUGGAUGAUGAACACUGUAGUAUCCCAAACUUGCCACUAAAGUCAGAUAAAAUCAAUGAUAAUAUGGGAAGCAAAGCUUUCUCUACACAUCUGGGUACUCUUCGAGUCUUUCAGAAGAAUAAGCUCUUAAUAAGAAGCCCUAAUGGUGAAGAGUUUGACAAAGAAGACGUUGAAACAAACACCCAUCACAAAAGGAACCCAUUAUGGAAGAAUUCACUUCCUGAUGUUGCAGAAUCACUUGGACAAAAGUUUAGAAAAAUUCAGCUUUCAAAAUUUAACAGGAGUGAGAAUAUUAAGAGAAUAAACUAUGGAAAUCACAAGGAGAUGAGCAAGCUUUCUUCUCAAAAACUUCUUAAGCUCCUAAUUAAUUAAUUUUAAAUAUCUUUAUGACAAA